UGCUCGGUUUCAGUACUUCUCCACCCAUCGGCCGACAGAGAAGAUACAACUCGACCGACGCUCGUCUCCUCGUCUAAACAUAUGGCAAAAACAGCCCUUUUUCUUUCUUACAUCGUUGUCCCCACUACUCUUUAAAAAUUCCGCCGAAAAAGAGAAGACGAUUUUCCAAAACGUAUUGGCCGUUAUCUCACGGCUCCCCCGUCUCUGCACAGGUGUAUGAACGCUACCCAGAGGGCCUAGGGGCGGCUCUUUACCGGGAGCACUUCGACUUCAACGCUGAGCCACCUUGGGAUCCUAGCUGAUAGCGGGACAGGUCCAUCUCCUGACUUGUCCAUUUUGUUGCAUACCGGCAGGACCCCAUUGGCUCAGUCGUGACCCCUUGACUUGCUUAUCUUUUCUUUAUGAUUGUCGGCCUAGCGGAAUACGGUUAAGAUGAAAGGACUCGUUGACAAACCCAGCUACAUUAUUGAACUCCUGGAGGGAGGAGUGACCCUUGAAGAUGUCAUUGAUGGACACAUCUGCGAACAGGCUCUGGUGGAGAAGAGUGCUUUUGUUGUGGGAGAUCUGGGUGCUCUGAUGCGGCAGCAUGUGUGCUGGCAGAGCAUAAUGCCACAGCUGCAGCCCUACUAUCCCGUCAAAUACAACAGCAGCCCUGCAGUCAUCAAGGUGCUCGCCUCCUUGGGUCUGGGCUUCGUUUGUACCAGCAAGUCUGAAGUGAGCCUGGUGCUGGAGCACGGCGUGCCUCCAGAAAACAUCAUUCUGUCUGGUGUUUGUAAGCAGCUGGCACACAUCAAACAUGCUGCCAAGAACAACAUCCAGCAUCUUGUGUGUGAAAAUGAGGCAGAGUUGUCCAAGAUUUCACGUCUGCACCCCAGUGCAAAGUUGCUGUUGCAGUUGACCACCCAGGCUCAUGCAGCUGAGACUAGCAUGACCUUUGGCUUCUCUCUGAAGAGCUGUAGGCACCUGCUGGAAGCAGCCAAGGAGCUCGGAGUCCAGGUGGUGGGGGUGACUUUCCACAUCCCCAGCUCUUGCCAAGACCUACACGAGGCAUACACCCAUGCACUGUCAGAUGCCCGCUGUGUGUUUGACAUGGGGGUGGAUCUGGGCUUUAAUAUGAACAUCCUGGAUAUCGGUGGUGGAUUUACUGGCUCAGAGUUUCAGCUCAAACAGGUUGAGUCUGCAGCCAGGCCGCUGCUCGAUGCUUACUUCAGCCCAAUGUCUGGUGUGCAAGUGUUGGCCCAGCCAGGCAGCUUCUACGUGUCCUCAGCUUUCAGCCUGGCUGUCAGUGUGAUCGGCAAAAAAGUGGUGACCCACCACUGGGACAGCCUAGCUCAAGGUGAGAACAAUGAAGACACAGAGUUCCUGUACUACAUGAAUGAGGGUGUUUAUGGCCCGUUCAACUGCAAGCUGUUGGGAAACUCCAUCGCUGCCCCGUCAGUACACAAGCAUGUGCUGUGUGCUGAGGAGGCGGUGUAUCCCAGCAGCCUGUGGGGCCCGUCGCUGGACCAGCUGGACCAUGUGGUGGAGCGCUGCCUGCUGCCUGAGCUGAGCGUGGGAGACUGGCUCCUCUUCUCCAACAUGGGAGCAUGUGGCCUGGAGGAGCUGAACUCCUCCCUGCUGCCUAUCUACUACACUGUCUCCACCUCUGACUGGUACGAAAUGCAGGAGGCCGGUGUGGCACUGGACAGUGCCAUGAAGAAUUUCUCUAUGGUCCAGUACAGUGCGUAACUACCUUCUGCCCCUGUCCUGUAUUGUAUUGCACAGAUCCUCCUUGGCCUCUGCUUUCACCGCCUGAGAGGAGGGGUCAGUGAGGUAUUUGGGACAAGGGGCUAAAUGUAGUCAACAUUCCAGCCACCUUGGAAAAUGCAGUGUCCUAUUAUUUCUUCCAGAAAUUCAACUUUUUUUCUUUUUUUCUUUUUUUUUGUUGUUAUUGACUUUCAAAAUUGGAAACAGUUGGUUGUCUGAUACCUCAGUUACCUAAAAUUUUAUCUGGAAGAUCUUCAUUUUUGCUCCUCCCUCCAAUGGACUGUAUAAAUCUGUCGGAUUAAAGAACUCCAGCCCAAGCUCAAAUGACAUUAUGCAACAAAAUGGACGACUCUACGGAGAUGGGAACCCCCCAAUAUGUUCGGGGUGGUUUUGUUUCCUAAAUCAAAAUCCAGUUUACAAAAUUUACAAUUGAUUUGAAUCCUGCUCUCUAUUAAUUAACUGUUGUCAGUCUUGUAAAUCCUGUAUCUAUUCAACACCGAUACAUUUUGUCUGUAGAUGAUUUUUUGAAAAGGAUCAAUCCCUCAUGUGCGUUCUGUACUUCAGACUCCUCAUUUUUCAUAGUUUAAAUGAAAUGAUGACAAUGAUGUAACCUCUUUCUUUCUGCAGCUCACCUCAAUGCAUUUUUAUUUAUUGGAUUUAGAUAUUACCGGGGCAUAUUUAAAGCUCCAUCUUUAAGUGUGUUUUACCCAGGUAUUAUGCUGUGGCCCAUCUAACAGUGUUUUCCUGCUAAGAUAUUGAUGUGUUUUGUAACGCUACAUGGAUUAAGUGUGCUGUGAUUGCCAUUUGUGACCUCAGCAGUUUCCCUUUUCUCAAGACAUGAUACACCCUAAUGCACUCCCUGCCUCUAAGAGAAAGGGAUUAGUCUGGUUUAAAAUGCACAAAAUUUGUUGCAGGUUAAAGAAUUACUGUGACCUUUAACAAUGCAGCCCUGGUUUUUUAGACUUUUGUGUUAGUGUCUCCACAAGAGAUCAACCCUUGUCCUAGGAUCUGAAAAACCAGCAAAGGAUCUAUUUCUGAAGAGUGCUCAUACGUAAAUGAUCUGUAUGUGGCAGCUGUGGAUGCAGAUGUCUAUCUCUCUCUCAAGUGAAAGACAGAUUAGUCGUACACAGGCCUCUGGGGCAGUCCAAAUGACAGAUAACAUGCUAGGCUCUUCCUCAUGCUUCUUUAUUAAUGAUACGAGGGACAUAACGCACAGUCUCAUGUACAGCUAAAUGUCUCAUCUACCAUGAAAAUGACCUGACUUAAACAGUUUUUAAUCCUGCCCUCAUGUGUUAUAAAUGACUAAUGUAUUAAUUACUUGCUUGUCUAAGGCACUAAUGGACCAUAGCCUGUUUUUGACUGUAAAUUGUGCUUGUUAAAGUAAUGAAAGUGAUUAAUUUAAUACAUUUCUGACUGAAAUCA